AUGACGAUUGAAGCUGCCCUUGCAGAACUAGACGCAGCAGAUUCAGAUGAAGAUAUUUCAUAUACAAAGUUGGCUAAAAAACAUGGGGUGUGGCGAUCUACGUUGUCACGGAAAGACCAAGGCAUUCAUGCAUCCCGUGCAGAAGAAGGACUCAAUCGGCGUGCCAUGCACCCACGCAAUGAAGCAGAGCUUGUGGAUUACAUCAGAACACUCACAGAGCGACAUCUUAUGCCUACAAGGCAAAUGAUCAAGAAUUUUGCAGUCCCAAUACUUGGUUAUGGGCCUGGUGAUAGCUGGAUUACUGUCACAAAGAUGCUACGAGAUACCGUGACAAUUACACGCUUUCUCAACCGCAACAAAGAUACGCUCAUCACAGCCUGGACCACCCCCAUGGAGAUGGCUCGCCAUAAGGCUGAUUCUGGUGCAAAAUACAGCUUAUACUUUGAGCUUUUGCACCGCAAAAUGGGGGAAUAUCAAGUGGAAGCUGAAAACACAUACAAUAUGGAUGAGAAGGGCUUUGCUAUUGGAGUCACAGGCAGGAGCAAGAGAGUCUUUGAUAAGAAGCUGUACAACAAGAAGCAGUUCAAGCAGAGUCAACACAACAACAACAGCGAGUAUUUGAGCGCUAUACUCAACCCAAAGCUUGGAGAAAGUGGAGGUUACUUAUCAUUGAUGGCCAUGGGAGCCAUGUAACAAAGGACUUUUUGGACUACUGUGAUAGCCACAAGAUCCUAGUCAUGGUAUUUCCUCCACACGCUACACAUACUUUACAGCCAUUGGAUGUAGUUUGUUUCAAGCCUCUGGCUCAAAACUACACAAAGGAGCUUGAUAUCCGAAACCAGAAGACUCAAGGCAAAGCCCCAAUUAAAAAGAGCAACUUCUUCAACCUAUUCUGGAAGGCAUGGACUCAAACUUUCACCAAAACGUUGGUAUUGAAGUCCAUCUCUGCCACAGGUAUAUGGCCACAAAACAGUGACAUUAUACUCCACCGCUUCACAACUCAGAAGCCUACAACUCCAGAACCCCAAGCAAUUCAAAUAAGCAACUCUGGAGAACCUGUAUGGCUUAAAGCCAAGUCAUUGCUUCGCUCAGCUGUGAAAGAUCCACGCUCUAAAGAUGUGAGAGGGGGCCAG